CUACGUCAUUGUUGUACAUGACGUUAUAACUGUUGGCAACAGUUAAUGAUACGCGGCAGAGGAUUACAGAAAGAGAAAGAACAAUAUAAAUGCGUGAUAACAAUUUAAAAACUACGGCCAGUUCGGAAGAAUCUGGACUAUCUGUUGAUGGGGAUACAAGAGUCAUUUGUGAUGUAGAUCAACAGCAGAAGGAACCUAGUGAUGACUCUAUACUGGAUACAUUUAUUCAAUGGGUUACAAAGCCAGACAAGAACAGGAAAGAUAGUCUGACAAAACAAAAGGAAAAACAGGAUAAAGGGAUAAAAAAGCUAAACUUCUUGAAGAAAAGUCGCACUGACAAAGGCAUAACAAGCGAAGACCUGAAUCUCCUCAAAGAACGCCUUUCAAGACUUGAGAGCAAUCCGCUGUUACAGAAUGUUCAUUUUUCCCGCCCAUCUACUCCAAAAUCGAUUCCUAGCACCCGUAAAGACGAAAGUAACACUGAAACAGUAUUUGAUAGAUACCGGGUGAUGUACCUGUUGAUAAGAGUAGAACAACAGCUCGACCAUACCAGACGAGUGGUUCGCGAUAUGCAAGAAAAAGGCGCGAAAAGAUCGCGUGUCCGUUCCGUGUCAAAGGUCAUGAGGCAAAUAGAUAACCUGCGCGAUCAGCUGUUGCGGAUCCUGGGUAACGAUGCAGAUACAAUAGCAAGAAUAGGCAAUGCAGACGACAUGGAACUGUUCUUCCAGAACAUUGACGACAUUUGUUCUGCUGCACAAGAAAUCUCCUUUGAGGAGGAAGGCAACGAUGCACUUUGCAGACUGUUGCUAGGAAGCAACGGUAAAUCAAAUGGAAUUAUCAGCAUGAAAGAUGGAAAGGUAAAAAUGAAAAAGACUGGAUCGUCGUCUUGCGAUCUUAAGGCUGUCUUCAGUGGCGAUCAAAACGUGGAGACAGCAUCAGGAAGUCAUCAAUACAGAAAUACAAAAGACGGUUCGGAGAAAUACAGAAAAAGAGGAUCAAAAGAUUACAUUAGUACUGGAAACGCCGAUAAAAGUAAACUUAUGUAUAAGAGUGAAGCUGUCGACAGUUGGUCUGACACAGAUACUGAUGAGGAGAUGUCAGCCGUGGAGAAAUGUGAAGGUCAGAAAUACAAAUGGCCUCUACUCAACACUAAUGACGAGAAGCUACUGGAGAAAGAGAAGAAGCUACAUACACUGAUGACAGAGAUAGACGAGCUGAUGGACGACGUUGGCCUCACAGACAAGAAGGCACACAGCAAUGGUAUCACAUAUGAGGUACUCAUGAUGGGAAGUGGUGAAAUGACAAAAGCUACAGAAAAGAAAGAAACAAAACAGCAGAAAAUCAAGAAAUUUGAGACAAAUCCAGACAAAUUCAAGGGAGCUAAAUCUGUAAAUCCCAAUAUGACACGUGGUGCAAAGGCAGUAAAGAAGUCUAAAAGCCAGUCUGAUCAGUUUGUAGAGGAAUUUGACAAACUGCUCAAUGAAUGUGAGAACAAAAAAUAAAUAUCCGGCAAAAUGUU